AUGUCGGCUCACGGGACGUACGAAAAUAAACGCACUUUGGCGUACGUGUGCAAAAGCGGUUUGGCAGGAGGCAUGGCUGGAUGUGUUGCUAAGACUGUGAUCGCUCCGCUGGAUCGAGUCAAGAUUCUGUUCCAGACGUCGAAUCCCGAGUUCCGCAAGUAUCGUGGCUCGUUUCUGGGCUUCUGGCGCGCAGGAAAGUUCAUUUACAGCCAACAGGGCGUGUGGGGUUUGUUCCAGGGCCACUCGGCGACGCUGCUGCGAAUCUUUCCCUAUGCUGCAGUCAAGUUUGUGGCCUAUGAGCAGUUUCGGGCGCUUUUGAUUUCCGGUCCCGACCAGGAGGUGGCUCUGCGACGAAUGGCAGCCGGCUCUCUGUCCGGAAUCGUGUCUGUCUACUGCACUUAUCCUCUCGAGUUGAUUCGAGUUCGCAUGGCGUAUGCCACUAACGAGGUUGGAAAGCCCCACGGAGGCCGGCUACUGGCAGCGGCUCGGUCCAUCUACGCCGAGACUCCGUCGGCAAAGGCCACCCAAUUCUUCUCGCCCAGAAUAGCUGCCUGGACCAACUUUUACCGAGGCUUCACCCCCACGAUUAUGGGUAUGAUCCCAUACGCAGGCGUCUCGUUUCUGACCCACGACUACAUCCACGACCUGUUCCACACACGGUACUUCCGAUCAUGGACCGUCAAGGGCGAGAUUGCGCCGAAAAAGACUUAUCCGCAUCUACUGGAAACCAACAAUGACGAUGUCAUGCUGGAGGGCCAUCACCAUGAGGACGAAGACAAGAAGGUGUCAUACAAAAGAGAGCCCCUCAAGGCGUGGGCACAACUCAUUGCCGGAGGAGUGGCCGGAAUGGUGUCGCAAACUGCAUCGUAUCCGUUCGAGGUGAUUCGACGACGUAUGCAGGUCGCAGGCGCACAGGCGGGCUCAUCAGGAGUGCAUCCCAGCAUAGUGGCGACCGCACUGACAAUUUACAAGGAAAGCGGCUUCAAGGGUUUUUUUGUGGGACUCACUAUUGGAUAUAUAAAGGUGACUCCAAUGGUCGCAUGUUCGUUCUUUGUCUACGAGAGAAUGAAGCAUUGGUUGGGCAUUUAA